GUGCUCGUUUACCCGAUGUACCCGGCCAUGACGUAAGCCUACUGCUACCUGGUGUACUGACGUGAGGCAGAAUAUUCCCCCAGCUGUGGAUACAAGGGUCAGUAGUGAUAGCCAGCUUGGAUGAUCAGUAUGGAACCUGUAUCCAGUAAGUCUCGAGAGGCACUUGUCGUAUACGUCAAUGGGAAAAAGAUUGUUGAAAAUAAUCCUGAUCCUGAAACAACCUUGAUUCAGUUUCUCCGUCUAAAACUGCGACUACCUGGCACCAAGCUGGGAUGUGCUGAGGGAGGCUGUGGCGCGUGUACAGUGAUGGUUUCAAGAUAUGACAACAUCAAUAGUGAAGUAACCCAUACUGCCGUAAAUGCUUGUAUAGCUCCCGUGUGUAUCUUCCAUGGGAUGGCAGUCACCACUGUGGAAGGAAUAGGCAGUUGUAAAACUAGACUUCACCCAGUUCAGGAAAUCAUUGCCAAGACUCAUGGGACUCAGUGUGGGUUCUGUACACCUGGGAUGGUCAUGUCCAUGUACACGUUACUCAGAAACAAACCACAGCCGGAAGUGGAAGAUGUGGAACGCAUAUUCCAAGGUAACUUGUGCCGAUGCACCGGGUACAGGCCAAUUUUGGAUGCUUUCAAAACAUUUACCAAAGACAGCUGCUGUCAACGUGGAGAAGGGUGCUGUAAACAGAAUAGCGAAGUCAACACUGAGUGUUCCACGCCCGGAGAAAGCGCCAUUCUUGAACCAACACAGGAGCUGAUAUUUCCUCCUGAGCUCAAGCUUAACACCAGUUUUAGUUUUGAAACUGUCAAAUUCCAAGGAGAGAGAUUAACGUGGUACAGACCAGUAACACUGACAGAACUGCUGGAAUUGAAAACCGCCUACCCUGCAGCGAGAAUCGUUGUUGGUUAUACCGGUCUUGCUCUUGAGGAGAAGUACCGGGGCAAUGCUUGUACCACAGUGAUCUCAGCAACACAUGUUCCAGAACUCCUUGAGGUGCGUCACGACGAUAGCGGGAUUCACGUCGGCGGGGCAGUCACGAUAACAAGACUGACCGAGUCUUUGGCAAAGGCAGUGAAACAAUUACCAGAAUACCAGACAAGGAUCUUUGCUGGUAUUUUAGAAAAUUUGAAAUGGUUCGGAGGAGAACAAAUUCGCAAUAUGGCGUCUGUGGCAGGGAAUAUUCUGACGACAAAUUACAUAUCGGACCUGAACACCUUACUGAUGGCGGCAGGAUGCACGGUUACUUUGGUUUCAAAAGAUGGUGGCCAACGAGCGGUUCCGCUGGACAGCGCAUUUUUCCUUGGUGACAGAAAAACAAAACUGACCCAGACAGAAAUAUUGUUGUCUGUUCAUAUCCCCUAUACAAAAAUGAAUGAGUAUUAUCAUGGAUACAAACAAGCACAGCGGAGGACUCUCGACAUCGCUAUCGUCAAUGCCGGUAUGAGGGUGGUGUUUGAGGGAAAUCUAAUCAAGGAAAUGGUGAUGACAUUUGGUGGAUUGGCGCCAAUAACUUUGGCGGCUGUCAAAACCGCCGAAGAAGCUAUUGGAAGAAAGUGGGACGAUAGUCUUGUUGCAGAUGCUUGUCAGUGGCUAUCCGAUGAGCUUCCAUUAAAGCCAGACGCACCUGGUGGUCAAGUGGAAUACCGGAGGACGCUGGCCAUAAGCCUGUUCUUUAAGUUCUACGUUAGUGUGCAUAUGGAAUUGAGCAAAAUGAAGCACGAUGCCAUCGGAAGUAAACUUUUAACGACAUUCGCAAGCGCUGCUGGCGACUGUCGCCAUGGUUUGACUAAGAGCACACAAGUCUUUGAAGAGGUUUCAGUCGACCAACCGCUAGAUGACGCUGUAGGGCGCCCGCUACCGCACAUGGCCUGCAUGCAGCACGCGACUGGAGAGGCCCAGUUCACUGACGACAUGCCUCGCGCAGAAGGUGAGCUUUACCUGGCGCUUGUCACCAGCACCAGAAGCCACGCCACGAUUCAGAGCAUAGAUGCCAGCGCCGCCCUUGCAUUGCCUGGUGUCGAAACCUUCCUCUGUCACAAGGACGUGCCUGGAUCCAAUAUCACAAUGGCUCUCCAAUCGCAGUUAGAAAUAUUUGCUUCAGAAAAGGUGACUUGUUACGGCCAGGUUAUCGGAGCGGUGGUUGCGGAUACCUUUGCGAAUGCCCGAAGAGCUGCCAAGGCGGUGAAGGUUGAAUAUGGCGAGGACCUGCCAACGGUUUUGACCAUCGAGGAAGCGAUAGAGAAGAAUUCUUUUUACGACCCCGCUCCUCUCAGAGUAAUGACAACGGGGGAUGUGGAGAAAGGUUUUGCCGACUGCGCCCAGACAUUAGAAGGUGUGGCAAGAGGCGGUGGACAGGAACACUUUUACAUGGAGACGAACGUGACACGUGCCAUUCCAAGAGGAGAGGACUGCGAAAUGGAGUUAUUUGUCUCCACGCAAUUCCCAGCUUCCAUUCAGGCUGCGACUGCCAAGGCGUUGGGGGUACAAGCAAGCAGAGUACAACUGAGAGUCAAGAGAGGAGGAGGAGGUUUUGGUGGCAAGGAUUUUGGCGGGCAGACGCUGACACUACCAGUUGCUAUCGCUGCAUUCAACCUGAAUAGACCAGUCCGUUGUCAGUUGGAGAGGGACAAAGACAUGUUGGUGACAGGGGGAAGGCAUCCGUUUUUGGGAAAAUAUAAGGUUGGCUUCAGCGAAGGAGGAGAUAUUUCUGCGCUGGAGCUGUUCUUUUACCUCAAUGCUGGUCACAUUCUCGGCGAAUCUGCGUUGAUAAUGCAUAGAGCUCUGUUCUACCUGUCCGCCAACUACCGCAUUCCUAACAUCACAGUCAACGCGUACGUGUGCCGCACCAACCUUCCUUCCAACACCACCAUUAGGGCCGUGGGUGUGCCUCAGAUCGCGUUCGUCACGGAAAGCAUAAUUGAGGAUGUGGCUGUGUUCUUAGGGGUCCCUGCCGAAUCUGUGCGCGAGUUGAAUAUGUACAAGAAUGGGGACUUGACACAUUUUCAUCAGCCCAUAACCGAUAGCCAAUUGAAACGUUGUUGGGAUGACGUCAUCAGUCAGAGUUCCUUUGAAUCUAGGAAGAAUAGCGUAGCCAAAUUCAAUAAGGAGAAUCGCUGGAAAAAGCGAGGCAUUUCCGUAAUACCGCUGCAGUACGGCAUGUCAAUGUUUCCAGGAGUGUUUUUGGAACAGGGUGCUGCUUUGGUCCAUGUGUACCAAAGUGACGGCUCGGUGCUGAUAUCACAUUGUGGCGCAGAGGUGGGCCAAGGUCUGCACACGAAAAUGAUACAGGUGGCAAGUCGGGCCUUGAACAUUCCUACACAUAAAAUCCACAUCAGUGAAACCAAUACAAGCAUGGUACCCAACGGCAGCACCACAGGGGGCAGCAUGAGUUCUGAUCUUCAAGGAAUGGCGGUCAUUAAUGCAUGUACGACUAUCAGAGAAAGACUUGAACCAUAUGUCAAGGCCAACCCGGAAGGUACAUGGGCCGAAUGGGUGGCAGCUGCUUACUUUGAUAGAGUUAGUCUGUCUGUCACGGGAUUUUACAAGGUCCCUGGUGUAGAAUAUGACUGGGAAAAGAACGUGGGCACUCCCUUUAGUUACUUCACGUAUGGAGCCGCUUGCACAGAGGUGGAGAUAGAUUGCCUCACUGGAGAUCACGUGAUUCUGCGAACGGAUAUCGUCAUGGACCUUGGAAAAAGUUUGAAUCCCGCACUUGAUAUUGGACAGAUUGAAGGCGCCUUUAUGCAGGGGCGUGGUCUCUACACCUUAGAGCAGCUGAAGUACUCACCCGAUGGUCGCCUGUUGAGUUGUGGACCAGGUGCAUAUAAAAUACCGGGAUAUAGUGACAUACCGCGAGAAUUCCAUGUUUCGUUACUGAAAGGGUCUUCCAACAGUCAUCCCAGAGCAGUGUAUUCUUCUAAGGGAAUCGGCGAACCACCCCUAGUUUUGGCGUUGUCCGUAUUCUUUGCUAUCAAAAAUGCCAUUGCCUCGGCCAGGGCGGACGCUGGCCUUGCUGGGAGAUUCAAACUGACCAGUCCAGCUACGUCCGAGAAGAUAAGAAUGGCUUGCGAAGACCAGUUUACUCAAAAGUUCCCCUCAGCAGAGCCAGGGGCAUACAAGCCAUGGUUUGUGGAGGUGUAAUACACAACCAAUGGUAUUUAAAUGGACGACGGGGUUUUUCAUCCCCCCUGACACUACAAAUGCAUCAAUUGGUCUAUUCUAGGCAUAUUGACUUUUUAAAAUAGCACUGAAUGAUAUACACUUUAUUCUGCACAUUUGUGUAAAAGUAGAGGACCGUGUGAUCCCGAUGUGCGUCUAUAAUGUCCGCUUUCUCCCCCUGGGCCACUAGAGUGAGGAACGUAGAAUUUUGAGGAUAAAUAAUAGUAAUAGGGUCAUAGAAUCCCUGGGGGUGGGGAUGUACCUAUGGAUGGAUUUGGUGAAGUGCGGACUAUGCGAUGACUGUCCAUCGAGAACAUAUAGUUGCUGUAAUUAUUAUUAUUAUUACUAAUAUUCUUGCUGCCGUUACUGUUGCUGUUAUAAAAAUAAUUAUGUUAUAAAAAUAAUUAUUGAAUGACAGAAAUCCGUUGUGAAUGA